AUGGCCUCCUCUGCCACUGUUUUCAUUGGUGCACUCGUUAUGGAUGUGAAGCUCACUGGUCAAAAUUACAGAGAUUGGGCUUUCUCUUUCAAGAUGCUCCUUCGAUCUAUCGGUCUUGCCUCACAUCUUACUGAUGAACCCCCAGUGGCUGCUGUUAAUGAUAAAGCGGCCCAAGAUUGGAGUCUUCAAGAUGAUCGGGUAAUGGCAGCUAUCUGUCUGAAUACUGAUCUGAGCAUUCGCUUAUGUCUUGAGGAUUACAAUACUGCAAAAGCAAUGUGGAACUACCUGCAAGGUCGCUAUCAACAAAGCAGCUCAGCCCUUCGCUAUUCACUUCGUCAGAAUCUUCAUCAUCUUCAACAGCAGGACAUGGAAAUUGAGGAGUAUUACAUUGCCUUCACUAAGCUGUCAAGCCAGCUUGCAUCCAUGGUACCCAAACCUUCUUCCUUAUGCACGGAUUGUGUCUCCUCUUGGACUGCCAGAGACAAGUAUGAUCAAGAAAAUACUAUGUUUGACUUUGUGAUGGGUUUGCGAUCUGAGUUUGAACCCAUUCGUGUUCAGCUUUUGGGGCGACCUACUCUGCCUACACUGUCUGAGACAUUAUCUGCUCUCCUGGCUGAGGAGACACGUCUUAAGACUCUUACUUCAAAUUCACCAGUGUCUCAGCAUUCAGUGCUAGGUGUUCCUCCCCCUGUUUACUGA